GAAGCAAGAGACGGUAAGGCUGCGUCUCGUCUUUCGAUACGAUUGGACUAUUCUGCGUCCAUCUGCAGUCAUGAUAUCAAAGAUUCAAGAGCAGGCACGUCGCCCAUAGACGCAAGACCAAUCCAGCCAACUACAUCCAAUACAUCAAAAGCAGUAGAAGCAGCCGGUGGUCAGCAACAACGAAGCAUCAUGGCAACGAUUGCUGAUGAUGAUGAUCGUUUGCUUGUGCGCAUUGGGUACACUCCAGUGCUGCAGCGACACUUUUCAAGAUGGUCUACUGUCUCUUAUGCGAUUUCGAUUCUUGGCGUGUUGGGUUCAGUACCAGCUACUUUUGGAGUUCCAGUGGCGUCAGGAGGGCCAGCAACAGCAGUAUGGGCUUGGUUCAUCGGCAGUAUAAUGGCAUACUGUAUAGCAAGUUCAGUCGCCGAGUUGGUCUCUGCAUACCCAACAGCGGGAGGAAUGUACUAUGUCACUAAACAUGUUGUUCCUCCUGAACAUGUUGCAGUGUGGGCGUGGAUCAUCGGUUGGUGCAAUUUUCUCGGUCAAGCAGCAGGAGUUGCAAGUUUGGCGUAUACGAUCAGUCAAAUGAUACUAGCAACGGUCGUCAUGCAAACCUAUGACGAAGGCGGGUCUAAUUUCCAACCGACUUCGUAUCAAACCGUUCUCCUCGCCAUCUUCGUUCUAUGCAUGUUCGGGGCAAUCUGCUCGUUCCCCACAAACUGGCUACACCGCAUCAUCCUCUGGUUCGCCCCCAUCAACAUCAUCGCAUCAAUCUGCAUCUGCAUUGCCCUGCUUGUUCUCACACCAAACAAGCAAAGUGCGACAUGGGUCUUCACCACAGUCACGGACAGCUCCGGUUGGGGCAGCCAAGGCUUCUCAUUUCUCCUCGGUUUUCUCUCCGUAGCAUGGACCAUGACAGAUUAUGAUGGUACCACACAUAUGUCUGAAGAAACGCACGAUGCCGCGAUCCGUGGGCCCGUCGCGAUCCGAGCAGCGAUCCUCGUCUCAGGCGUUGUGGGCUGGAUGCUAACCGUGACGUUUUGUUUCUGCAUGUCAGACUACGAGGGCAUCAUGAGCUCGCCGACCGGUCUGCCCGUGGCACAGAUUUUCUUGAACGCCGGUGGCAAAACAGGGGGCACAAUCAUGUGGUUCUUCGUCAUGCUCGUGCAGUUCUUCACCGGUUGCACCGCCAUGCUAGCAAACGCAAGGAUGGCCUGGGCGUUUUCUCGUGACGCCGCAUUUCCGUUUUCGGGAUUCUGGAGCAAGGUUAACGGGUUCACGCAUACGCCUGUCAAUGCCGUCUGGCUCGUCGUGGCGUUCUGCAGCUGUCUCGAUCUGAUUGGCAUUGGCAGCACGCUGACCAUAACGGCCAUCUUCAACAUCACCGCGCCCGCACUGGACAUCAGUUAUAUCGCCGUCAUCAUUGCCCAUCGGUGGUACGAGGGCCGAGUCGUUUUCCACCCCGGUCCUUACACAAUGGGCAGAUGGAGCAAACCGGUCAACCUGAUCGCAGUGACAUGGGUCAUCUUCAUCAGUGUGGUGCUCUUCUUCCCGACAAUCAAGCCCGUCACGGCGACCAACAUGAACUAUGCAAUCUGCGUCGCGGGAUUCAUUGGCCUCUUCAGCAUGGCCUGGUGGUACGCGGGCGCCAGGAAGACGUACAUAGGUCCACGCACAACAGACACUAUCGAUUUGCUUCCUCCCGAGGACCCAGAGGAUAUCCUCAGCGAUUACGACUUGCCCUAGCGUCGCUGCAGGUUCUCGCAUUGAAUUACUUCUACGCCAAAGAAAACUACAUGUGCAUUUCGGUCGCUCCGAGGAUCAUUACGAACUUGGACUCAGCGUGGAGUUAACCCGGUCGGCGGCGUUUGUUCUCGGGCGCAUCAAGGAGUUUUGGCGCAUUCUACACUUUUCCAAGGCGUUCCCCAGUCGUUCCCGUCGCGUUUAUUUUUUCUCGUUCGAAAAGUUAUAGAGGUGGGAGCAUCGUCAUAGAUCACGCAUGUUUGUUUGCAGAGAAACGAUACCCAUAGAUCUGAACGCACUUAUUCUCGAAUUGAAUUUAUUACUGGUUUCGUGGACACAAACGGCUUGAAAACCUGAGUGACGU